AUGGAAGCCUGCGCAAAUCUUGGACGAGACGGAGCUCCUGGAUCAAGUUUGAAUGCAUGGGUGAGAGACCUCGGCUUUCAAAACGUCGAGCAUCGACACUACAAGAUUCCCAUCGGGCCUUGGGCAAAGGAUCCUUCGCUCAAGGACAUUGGCAUGGGCAACCUUAUCCAGAUGCUCGAAGGGCUUGACGCAUUUACCCUGAAGCUAUUUUUCACCGCACUGGAUUGGACUAGGGAGGAGGCGCUUGUGUUGCUCUCGCAGGUCCGCCAGGAGAUGAAGGCCUGCAAGACUCACGUCUACCUGCACUUUCAUGUUGUCUACGAGUAG